UUUUUUCCUUUUAUUUUAGGUGCUGCCUAUAGCACUGGUAGACACUCUUGAGUGGCCUCUUGGAUGACCCCUCUGAUAGUGGCACAAGCGAAUUUUAUUACUAGUGGCCGCUGCAAUGUAUGACUCUUGCUCUGGCCCAUACUGCCCCUGGUGCUCCACUUGAAUGAAGUCACUGAAGUUAGAGUUGGUUGAAGAUCUGGACAGCAUGUGGAAACGGUCAUCAAAUCAUGGACAUUCCUGACACUCCGGGUUGUGUGUGUGGCCGAGGAGGUCGAGUUGAGCAGAGGCAAGGCAGUGGAGACUUGUGGCUUAAUGAAAGUGAAAGUGUAAUGUCUUCCUCCUCAUCAACAAGCCUUUUGACAAAGAACAAACCCUUCCCAAUCAGAGGAGAACGUGCCAAUUAUGUAAACAUACCACAUGUGAUAGUGAUGGUGGGCUUACCAGCCCGAGGCAAAACCUAUAUGGCCAAAAAGCUCACACGUUACCUCAACUGGAUUGGUAUUAAGACCAAAGUUUUUAAUUUGGGAGAAUACCGACGCAGAGUCACCCAGAUGUACAAAAACCACAACUUCUUCCGGAGUGACAAUGAGGAGGCGAUGGCACUGCGCCAGAGGUGUGCUCUGGAUGCCCUGGAAGAUGUGUGUGAAUGGCUGGAAAACGAAUCCGGAGAAGUGGCGGUUUUUGAUGCCACCAACACAACUAUGCUUCGACGAAGACUAAUAUACGACAAAGUUGUUCUAGAAAUGGACUACAAACUAUUUUAUGUGGAAUCAAUAUGUGAUGAUCCAUCAAUCAUUGAAUCCAACAUAAGGGAGGUUAAAGUGAGCAGCCCUGAUUACUGUGAUAUGACAGCUGAAGAUGCACUCAAUGACUUCCUCCAGCGAAUUGACCACUACAUGGAGCAGUAUCAACCACUUGAUGAAGCUGCUGAAGACCACCUUUCUUUCAUGAAGAUCUAUAAUACUGGAGAGAAAGUUGUUGUUCACAAACAUGAAGGUCACAUUCAGGCACGCAUAGUGUACUACUUGAUGAAUACUCACAUCACACCUCGCACCAUCUACCUCACCAGGCAUGGAGAAAGCCAACACAAUAUUGAGGGAAGGAUUGGAGGUGAUGCAGAUUUGAGUGAGAAUGGCCGCAAGUUUGGCAGCGCCCUGGCCAAGUACAUUGAAGAGCAAAACAUCUCCAAGCUAAGGGUGUGGACCUCCUGGCUGAAGCGAACCAUCCAGACAGCAGAGGGCAUUGAUGCUCCACAGGAGAGAUGGAAGGCUUUGAAUGAAAUUGAUGCUGGCAUCUGUGAGGAGAUGACUUAUACUGAAAUUAAAGAAAAAUUCCCUGAAGAUUUUGCUGCCAGAGACCAGAAUAAGUUCAGUUUUCGUUACACACGAGGUGAAAGUUAUGAGGACCUGGUAGCCCGCUUGGAGCCUGUCAUCAUGGAACUGGAACGACAAGGAAAUGUAUUACUCAUUGCCCACCAGGCAGUGUUACGCUGUCUCCUGGCUUACUUUCUGGAUGAGCCUUCAGGUGAGUGUGACCUGUAGCGAAACAUUACUUGU